AUGGAGCUAUUAACACCCCAGCUUUCCCAGAUUGUGUCAGAAGCUGAAUAUGUACUCAAUCACAUCGACUUAGCUUUGCUCUUUGAGGCAGUCCUUGAAUCCGCUCCUCAAUUUAUAAUUCAGUUGUACGCCAUCAUUGUUCAGGAGGAGCCAGCUACAAUCAUUCAAAUCAUUCCUCUACCUAUCUCUUUCAACACUCUGGCAUGGGCCUUCACAGCCACUGAUAAGGCGUCUCUUGCCGAGCGCGAAAUAACACCAAGUAGCGGUGCCCUGAAGGUUAAACAUCAACUAGCAUUGUAUGUAACUUACUUACUUCUUCUGAGCAGUCGACUGUUCACCAUCUGCUAUUUCACUGUCAGCUACAAGUGGGAGAUCAUUGGCGUGUUGAUGUUUCAUUCUUGUGCCGUAGUAAUAGCGACUGUUAUUCAGAAUAGAGACGAAGUUGGCUGUAAUGCCAGCUACGUUUUCUCUACUAUAUUGUUUAUGGGCAUUCACUGUCUAAGAGAUGUUUGUUGAAUUAUCGAUUGGUGUACAAGUGGUCUAACCAUGAGUGUGUAUUUCUCACAUAUUUUUUUUGUAUUAGAAAACUUCUUUAUGAUCCUGAUGUUUUAUUUCACUUAUAACCCCAAUGCUUGGUACUCUUUACCUGUCACUGUGAGUGUUUGUGUAUUCAGUGUUCUUGGCUCCACAAUGAGAGUUUGUGUAUUUAGGUGGCUAUGCAAGAAAUUUGCCGGCGGUUCACCAGCUGCGAACAGCGGUGAUGUGAAUGCAUGUGACGAACGGUGA